AUGACGUCCACGCCCAGCGAUGCGGGCCUCCACUCACCGCGAGAGAGCGACUCCGAGUCGUCCACUUCGAUAGCCCAAAGGACACUGCCCAAACUAUCCUUACCAUAUCGCCGCUCAAACGCUUCGGUCGCCAGCUUGUUUGCUUCUACAUCGUCCGCUCAACAUUCGCCCACUGCCUCAGGCACCUCGACACCACCUGCCGGCGUCGUCAAUGCCUCCGUCUUCUCUCCACCUGCUUCGAGAUUGGCCAAUGCCCUGAACUCGCCCACAACUGCCGCCCAACCCGACGAAGCCCGACAGCUGGUCCUGCGCGCUUUUGCUCCUCGUGUUUCUGUCCUGGCCUCGGAUGAUUGUCAAGAGCUGCUGCGCCACAAGGGCAUCAAUGGGGGUCUACUGGAGUUGCUGCGCCCUUUCGGUGAGAAAGUAGGCGGAAGAGUCGUUGUUAGGGACAGCACUGGUGCUAGUAGACCGUGGGACGACUUUGGAAUCAGGUUUACCGGCGUUUCCGACGGCCUUGAAGCACCAAGACUGGACUCCAACCCAUCUGACUUGCCCGAAUACCGUCCCGCGCGCUUGCGCACUGGAGGCGAUGUCGACCAGAUUGACGACCUCGUUGCUCGCCAUCUCCAGUAUGCUCAGGAUCAACCAACCACUGUCGACUAUUUCUCCGCUCCUGAAACAAAAACACAUCCAUCACAACUCACCCUAUUUUAUACCUUAUACCUUCGAAGGCUUCUCUCUGGAAUACCUGUGACCCCUCACGAAACCUUCUCUCACCCUGUAGCUCUUGUGAUAGCCAUCAGCUCUCGAAAUCCCGCCCCUAUAGAUGAACUACGCACCUUAUAUACCAGCUCCAACACAGGCCAGCACAAACCACCACCGUGGGUUAAUAACGAGUUUCUACGAUAUUAUGUUCUCAUUCAUGACGAAGACCACGACGACAUUACAAAGUCCACCGCUUUAUAUGAACAGAUGAAGCGUCACUUUGGUCUGCAUUGCCAUUUGUUGCGUUUGCGGAGUAACGAGUGCCUUCCUUCGGAUGACGACAGCAUGAGGCUACCCACUUGCGAGUGGCUUUCUGCUGGAGAAGAGUUGGGCGAAAUAGCUAAUAGAGGUAAGUCGCCGCACAAGUUUGAUGGUUGUUCUCAUCACCUAACUAGAAUUUUAAACNNAGAGAGCUCUGAAGUUGAUGACGACCCUACUCCGUAUAUCUUCGAAUCUGAUGCGGCUGCCAUCCGAGCGUUCGUUCGCGAAAUGGUAACACAAUCAGUAGUACCUGGAAUGGAGCGCUUAUCGGCCUUGUGGAACAAUGAAGUGGCUUCACGGCGACGAGGUAUCGCAGGAAAGAUUGGUAUGGUGUCCAAGCGCUUCACAUUCGGUUUCUCAUCCCGAGGCUCUUCUGGUGGCAUCGGUGGUUCCAACAGCAACUACGACGCCCUUCAAGGAUUCUACAAACCUGAUACUCCAGAAGCCGUGUUACGCAAACUCGCAGACUAUGCUUUCAUGCUCCGCGACUUCAAGCUCGCUCAAAGCACCUACGACCUCCUCUGUACAGACUACAAAAACGACAAAGCGUGGAAACAUUACGCUGGCGCUAAUGAAAUGGCUGCUCUUACGGCUCUUCUCUCAGCACCCAUAGUACCCUCCCGCACCCGCGUCGAUUCUCUAGAUCAACUGCUAGAGACAGCGUACUACUCCUACCUCACUCGCUGCUCGGCUCCUUACUCAGCCCUACGCACCUUAAUCAUAGGCACAGAGUUAUUGCGUCUCCGAGGCGGAUCAGCUCUAGACGACUCUGCCCGCUGGGCAACCCGCAUCCUCGAAGACAGAUUAGUAGGAAGCACAGGCCACGCUCUACUGCUCGAACGCAUCGCAUCCUGCUAUUCCNNCUCACGCCGCGGCCACGGAAAACUAAACUCGGGCUCACGACACCGCAAAGCCGCUUUCUACCACAUCUUGGCCGCAGAAGCAUGGCUGAAACUAGAGAAACCGCGGCAGAGCGAGCAAAACCUGACGGCUGCUACUGAGAUCUACACAACCAGUUUACCACCUUCAAACCACGAGAUGGCUUCCUUUGAGCAUAUGGAAACCUUNUUGUUGACACUCAAACAAGCGGUUGUGGAAAGCAGACCUGUGACGAGAGAUGAUGUCGAUGCCGCAGAACAAAACAAACAAGAAGACUCACAAGCAGAUGUGGAAACUAUACAGGAACAACCGAAUAGUGGUCAACGAAGCCAUGCUAGAAGUCUUAGCACUGCUGCUGCUCCUUCUACAGCAGUAUCGAAUCUGGAUCCGCUAGGUGUGGCUGUGUUACCACCACACAGUCCUACGCUUUCUGAACGGCCGAAUCCUGCUAAUGAUGGGUUUGAGUAG